GCUGCUCUGGAUACAAAGCAGUCAGCCACGCUCUGGCUCCUUCCUCCCGCACCCCCUUGGCCUCCUCUUCCUCCUCCUCCUCCUCCCUGUUUGCAUGCUCCCUCCCUCCCUUCCUCUUUCACUCUUUCUUUCCCUUAACGCCACGCCACGCUGCAGAAAGGCAGACCUGGGGAACCCGAGGUCCUCAGAGGCAGUGGAGGAGGAAGGAGCUCCCCACUGCUUUUUCUUUGAGAGUGAAGCAGGGAGGCAGAGAGGCAGUGAAGGAGUGUCUUGGUUGCUGCCUGGAUUAAGAACAAAUACAUUAAAAAAAUCCUAACGUAACAAACAAGGAAAAAGGGAGGAGAGAAGGAGGAGGAGGUUGCUGGGGGGAGCCCACUCCAGUGGGUGAACAGCCGCUUUGAAUCGUGCCUCUGUUCCGAGGGAUUAAAGCAUGAAUGGGAGCAGCUUCCCAGCCGCGAUGGAGAGAGAAGGCGAUUCAGGCUAUGGGAAUAAGGCUUCCUUCCAAAUGGGUCCCUAAGGCUCCUGCUGGCAACGCCAGCAGCGUCCUGUAAAAGUGCCCUCCUGCUCCUGGUCCCAAGAGCCGAGGCUGCUCCAAACCUGCUUCUGCAAUGGGUGGGUUGUAAGCACUGGUAAUGAGGAGCUGUGGGUCCAGUCAGUCUUGGAGAUGCCGAAGAGACGAGACAUCCUGGCUAUCGUGCUGAUAGUUCUGCCCUGGACACUACUAAUCACCGUCUGGCACCAGAGCACCAUUGCUCCACUGCUUGCAGUGCACAAGGAUGAUGGUGGUGACUCCCGGCGUGAUCUCACUGCAGGCUUGGACUCCAGGGAAUACUGCUUGUCGGAUCGGGACAUUGUGGAGGUGGUGAGGACAGAGUACGUUUAUACCCGCCCACCCCCGUGGUCAGACACCCUUCCCACCAUCCACGUUAUUACGCCCACCUACAGCCGGCCUGUACAGAAGGCAGAGCUGACACGCCUGGCCAACACCCUCCUGCACGUGCCAAACCUGCACUGGAUCCUGGUGGAGGACUCGCAGCGGCGCACCCCUCUCAUCACCCGACUGCUGCGGGACACGGGGCUCAACUACACACACCUCAAUGUGGAGACACCCCGCAACUACAAGCUGCGGGGAGACAUGAGGGAUCCUCGCAUCCCCCGGGGGACCAUGCAAAGGAACCUUGCUCUGAGAUGGCUGAGAGAGACCUUUAACAAAAACAACAGCCAGCCCGGGAUUGUUUAUUUUGCUGAUGAUGAUAACACCUACAGCCUGGAGCUCUUUGAGGAGAUGCGCAGCACCAGAAAGGUGUCAGUGUGGCCAGUAGCCUUCGUCGGUGGCUUGCGCUAUGAGUCACCCAAAGUGAAUGCUGCAGGGAAGGUCUAUGGCUGGAAAACUGUGUUCGACCCCCAUCGCCCCUUUGCUAUAGACAUGGCAGGGUUUGCCGUGAACCUCAGACUGAUUCUCCAGCGAUCUCAGGCUUACUUCAAAUUGCGAGGAGUGAAAGGAGGCUACCAAGAGAGCAGCCUGCUGCGGGAACUAGUGACCUUGAAUGACCUUGAGCCGAAAGCUGCCAAUUGCACCAAGAUUUUAGUCUGGCAUACGAGGACAGAAAAGCCUGUGCUGGUGAAUGAGGGGAAGAAAGGAUUCACAGAUCCCAAUGUGGAAAUCUGACUGUACGUGGCUGAGCAGAGACCAACAUCAGAAGAUUUCUUCAUGCACAGCCUGCAAGGCUCCUCUCCACAGCAUCCAGCCAGCCAGACAUGCAGUAGCCAGGACCUCCCCUGACUUCCAAGAGUUUUAUCAUACUGAAAACAAGCAACACUGCAUACAUAAACUACCCGGAAUUCCCUGCCCUUCCUCCUGGACUCUGAACAGAACCAGACACUCUGGAGUUGGAGAAAAAGCACAGAAAAUACAGAACUGACGUCAACUUCAGUAAAAGACCAGCACCCUUGCGAGAUGCUUGGGUUUGGGAGAAGUGCAUGCAGGGCAUGAUGCACUGAAGAGGAGGCCCAGCUGGAAUGGUAGUCUAGACUGAGGGGGCUGGUUUCACGGGACCCAAAAGCAAGGGUGAGAAUGCCCACAGGAGUGUGUUAGCCCCUGAUGACUCGUUUUUCCUGAGACACACGUACCUUGUGGCUAUGUGUGCAACAGCCUAAGCAGCUCUCUGUUCAUGGAGGGGACAGCUGCCUUCUGAGAUGGCACCUUAGCCCUUAAUUUUAAACCUACUUCAAUCAGUGUUUAUUACGUUGCACAAGACAGGAAGGUUUUGGGGGAGGGUGAAAAGCGAGGCAGGUUAGAACCAACCAAUAUGUAUUUUUGUUCUCUUUGUACCCCCUCUCCUUCCCCUUUAUAAGUUUCUGGAUUGAGUUAUGUUUACAGAACAUGGUUCUCUGUUCACCAAUGCUAAAAUAACUGGAGGUGGGUUUCAAUGAGACUGUUGUGGCCAUACACCGUAAUAUGUCAUCCAGGCUCAGAUCUUGGUUCUUUUUAGCCCUAAUUUGGUUCAUGUGAGCAUUAGGUGUGGGGUUCUCUGAAGGGUGCUCCUACCUAAAGCCCAAUUUCCAUGCUUAAAAACAAAAAAAAAAAAAAUUAACUGCUAGAACUAGGGAUUAAAUGAUAAAAGCUGAUUUUCAGUGCAUUUAACAUUGAAUCGGAAUGUAGCCCCUUUUCCAGGGCCAUGUCAUACUACCACAGAGCUAGUGGCAUGAAAAGCCACGCUGGAGCAGUUCAAGAAUUAACUUCUGAUGGAUAGAGCAGCACCCUUGUAAAGGGGAUCCUGUGCUUAGUGCUUCUUCAGCACCUGGCUUGAGGUAGGUUGAAAAACUAUCUAAGUAGAACAUUAGUUGCCUCUUCCCUGUUCUGUAACAUCAAGGAUCUGAGAUAGCAUUGAUGAAGGGGUCUUCUCUGAUGAAACUGUAUUUUGCUCCUCAGUGAGGCACAUGACUGAGCAAUGCAGAAGAGGAACCUGGGUGCUACUACCUUAGUUGGCUCAGUAUUUGAGAUUGACAAACUUGCCGAGGAAGAAAUUAAGGUAUAAUUUACCCCUUCUCCCCACCUCCCACCCCUUUAAAAAAAAAAAAAAACUUCCCUCCCCUUCACAGUUGUUUUCAAACAUAUGAUCAACCCACACUGUCCCCAUUCUUUCAAAAAGGUCUGAAGCACAAAUUUACCUUUGAGCUAAGGGAAAAUGCAAUUCUGGAAAGAGACUCAGUUAUUUUUACUCCUUUACCUAGACGGUUCUUAAAACGCUAUAGACUUGUUUGUUAAGUUUCACAGUUCAGCAGUCUCCCCUUAGACUAAUGACAUGGUGUAUUUCCCAAUAUUUUUUAAAAAAUGAUUUUUUUGUAAGUAAGUAAGUUGUUUUUUCCCACUGUGUAUCAAAAUCAUUGAGGAAAAGUUGCAUUCUCUAGCUCCCAGUCAUGGAAGCCUUGCUACGUAGCCUUUACGAAAACGUUCUGUUAGAGGCAAUGGCUGAAAUGCUAGUUGGAUAGAAAGCAUUUGAUGGUACUUGUCGCCAGCUGCACUAUGGGAACAGGUAUUGUUAUCUUGUAUUAAAGCAGUAGCUCUCUGCAUUCAAGCAGAUUUAUUCUAUUACUGUACUAGCAUCCCAAGUUCAGUUCAGUCUGCAUACCCUAGAGUGGAAAGAGACAUUUUAAAAAGAAUGUGAAGUUUUCAUGCUAUUCAAAUAAUUUCCAACUGAUGUCCUCUUCUAGCUGCAUGUUUAGUUCCACUAAUGUUAGUUCUAUUCCCUGCUGGGUUGCAACCUUCCCUCCUUGGAAGGAAAUAACUUUCAGAAAAAUGCAGAAGAUCAAGUCCAAAACACAACCCUGCAUAUACACUCCACUCUCCUCAGAAAAUUGGUCACACAAGCAUGGGCCCUUCCAGCUUGCCUGGAGGCUACCAUGGUCCUUGGGAGCAGAGAUACACCGGUUUAUAAGACCAGCUCUGGCCAGGAUGGAGUGUAUUACAGCUGCCCUGUCUGUUUUCAUUUUUAAGUAAACUGUAUUUAAAUUUGUUAAAUAAAAUUAAGUAUGGUUUUUAAGA